AUGUCAAAACUCCUGACUCGCAAUGUGGGUUUUAGGGAGAUCGUAGUGCCCCGCUGGGUAUUGGAAACUCCAAACUACUCCAGAACCCCUUUAUGGCGACAAUUUUUCGAAUCACAAUUUGCCAGUCGCAAUUUCUUUUUCUGCGGUAGCGCCUGGACCGCUAUCGCCAGUUUUGCUUUCUUCAUGUGGUACUCUCGCAUAUUCGAUCCUCCUCCAAAUGAGAGAUUGGAUAGGUAUUGGCUGAAUUCGCCGAAAUUUAGGAUUCUUUCAGCCUACUACAAUCCUGGCAAGCGGCCCGGCGCCAAAAUCUCUCAAAUGACAUACGACUCUAGAUAUUUUCACAAGGGCAAGGAUCACCCCUUUGCCAUAAAUGAAAUCAAGGAUUACCUAUUUAAGUUGAGGGAAAACUACUUAAUUGAAUCUCAUCCAGGAGUGCAAUAUCCUAAUGUUUUCAGACAACAUCGGAAUGUCAAAACUCCCGCAACAUUUCAAGUGCAUUUGCAUUGA